AUGACCAAAACAUCAGAGACAAAGCCGUUUCAGCAUCUGCUUGAUCAGAAGGACCUUUGGGUAGACAUCAUUCUUCCAUUCGUUGGCAUGGGACAGUUUGCCUUUGUUGGUGCUAUUAACCACCAAUUUUUGGAUCUGUACAAGAAAUUCUGUGAUACCGUGGAAAAUCCACCCAAGGUGUGGAAACCGAAUCAAGAAAAUAUAUGGGUAGAGGGGGCAGCAACUGCAUCAGAUACAUUAUUCAGUGCUGCCUUCGUCAAUGUCUCCUGUGCCAAGUACUGGGAGCUUGAUAAAGACAAGGAUGCCAUGAGUCCAUGGACAUCUGUCUGUCAGGAGGCUGCAAGCAUAGGGAGCCUGCAAGUUCUUCAGUGGGCACACAACAAGAAUCUCCCGUGGAGUGAAAUGACAUGCAAAGCAGCUGCCAAACAUGGCCAUUUGGAAGUGCUAAAAUGGGCCAGAGCCAGUGGAUGUCCAUGGGAUGAAUCAACAUGUCCAGGUGCUGCAGCUAAUGGAUACUUGGAAGUGUUAAAGUGGGCUCAUGAGAAUGGUUGUCCAUGGGAUAAACGGACACGUUCAGAAGCAGCCUUUUGGGAACACUUGGAAAUUGUGAAAUGGGCCAGAGCUGGAGGUUGUCCCUGGGAUGAAUUGGUAUGCCACUACGCUGCUGGAGAAGGCCAUUGGGAUAUCCUAAAAUGGGCACAUGAACACAAUUUCCCAUGGAAAAGAAUUAUUUGCAUCACUGCAGCUGGAAAUGGUCAUUUAGAAAUUCUGCAGUAUGCCCAUCAAAAUGGCUGUCCAUGGAACGAAUUGGCUUGCUCUCAUGCAAGUUCUAAAAUAUGCCCAUGA